AUGGCUGGAAUUGAAUCCCGGCACAUCGGAUGCCUGGUCAUCGUAGUGCUGAUACAGAUUCACCUGUACGUGUCGCCCUUUACCAAGGUCGAAGAAUCGUUCAACAUACAAGCCACACACGACAUAUUGAAAUAUGGAAUCCCGACACAAAACGUCCAUCUCAGAUUGAAAGCCCAAUACGAUCAUAUGACAUUUUCUGGUGCUGUUCCAAGGACGUUCAUCGGUCCUCUCAUCCUCGCGGCGAUCGCGAAACCCUUUGUCUGGUAUGGUCAACUCAAUGGACCACAACAGCAAAUGCUCGUGCGAGCUGUCCUAGGACUGUUCAACGGUGCCUCGCUCAUCGGCUACGCGUCGGCAGUGAGGCGUGCGUACGGCUCAUCGGCGAGUACGUGGUACACCUUUUUUCAGGGAGCUCAGUUUCACGUCCUCUACUACUCUUCGAGGACACUACCCAACAUGUUUGCUUUUGGGAUCACCACGAUCGGUCUACGAUUCCUCCUACCGGACCCGACAUCACCACAAUUCAGAGUCCGAAGAACAAGACUGGGCCUGUACCUCCUCACGCUCGCGACCGUCGUGUUCCGCUCAGAGAUCGCCUUGCUGCUGGCAUCUCACUGCCUCUAUCUCGUCCUCAGGUCGGGGUCCAUUUCCAACGCCGCCUCCCUAAUUCGCGUGGUAUUCAUCCCGGCCGUGUUCUCCGCGACCGUCGCCGGUCUCGUGCUCACGGUCGGCAUCGACACCUUCUUCUGGCAAUCCCGCACGCUCCUGUGGCCUGAACUGGCCGCCUUCCUGUCCAACGUGUUCCCUUCCAGCGACGGCCUCGGCGCCUCGGCGUGGGGCACGUCCCCGUGGCACUGGUACUUGACGUCGGCGAUCCCACGACUGGUCCUCAACCCCUUUCUCCUCGUCCUCCCGGUCUGGGGCCUCACGAGGUCCAUACGCCCUCAACUCCUUGACCUCCUCGUCCCCUCGCUGAGCUACGUUUCGCUCUAUUCGAUCCUUCCACACAAAGAAACUCGCUUCCUUUUCCCCGUGGUCCCACCCAUCACGGCCUCGGUGGCCCUGUGCGCGUCGUACAUCAGCACCCGCCGCCACCGGCACCGUCUGUACAAACUCACGACGUGCGCCCUCCUUUUGUCCGGCGGACUCACAGCCGCGAUAUCGACGGGCGUCCUCCUGCCCCUCUCGUCGCUGACGUAUCCGGGCGGCACGGCGCUGACGUCCCUGCACGCGAUCUCGCUCAACUACGGGCCCCGGCCGCGGAUCCGGGUCCACCUGGGCAACCUCGCGCUCCAGACGGGGGUGACGCAUUUUCUGGACGAGCCGGCCUCGACGCUGCACGAUCGGCCCGUCUUCACGCUCCCCGGGUCGGCGGACGGGCGCAUACCGACGAUCCGCUCCGCGCGGCCCACGCAGUGGAUCUACGACAAGUCCGACAACGAGACCGACCUGCUCACGCCGGCGUUCUGGGCCCAGUUCGACUACGUCGUCGUCGAGGACCCCGCGCGCGCCAUCGGGGCCUGGGACGUCGUCGACAAGAUCCCCGGCCUGGGGAGGCCGCGCGUCGUCGGGCCCGACGUCGGCCGUGGACUGUUGGUCCUCGGCCCCAAAGGCGCCAGGAGGCAAGAGGACGGCUUGUCGAGGAUCGCGGACGAAAUCUACGGCGGGACAAUGGCCAAGUGGGUCUACGGAGUCGCCCACGACGUGCUCAGAGAGGGGUACGGACUCGACGUGCUGCUGAACACCUCAAACUGGAGCUGGACAAAGGGAUGGUGGAUCCACUGGGGCCUAGAGACAAAGUUGUAUAUUUUGAAAAGCGGCGAGAGUGGGAUAUUGCCUUGAACCUGCCUGGCCGGACAUGACUGACCAUCCUACGCUGGGACGGGUACUAUGAUUCGAAUCCCCAAUGAUGGUCACUUUUGCAACCGACUCAUUCUACCCUCGAUGCCCGAAACCAUAUCCCCGACCACCUUGACGUUUCCUUUCAUGGUAUCUUCAAGCUCGGCCAUGCGCGUUUCGACAUCCUCGACGGCUUGUCUCCACUGACCAAUCUCCUCCCUGGUCUCGGCCUGUCUCUUCUCUACGGCGUCGAGGUUGUUCUUGGCUUCGGCCGCGCCCGCGUGGACGAUGCUGAGCGCCCUCAGCCGCUCCAACACCACGGGGAGCAAUGGCUGCAGAUUUUGAAUGGACGGGAGAAGUUGG